AUGGGUCGUCCAACGGCAUUGUCGCUUACCGCACUGCUGUCUCCAACAACAAACAACAACAACAAGUACACCACUCGGCCAUCAUACUAUUGGGUCGAGUUACCAGCGUCCUCCUUUGGCAUUGAAUAUGAAAUGAACAAGCCGAUUACUUCGAGAUUAUCGCCCUCUCCUUCCAUUGGAGAACAUCAGCAGGAGCAGUAUCAAGAGCAACAUCAUUCUCCAGCCAAAAUCUUUUGCUUUGAUCACAUCAUCAAGUCUCCACGAAGCAGUAGCAACUGCAGCAGUAACAAGACGAGCAAAAUGAUGCUGACCAGCAAAAUGCUGGCCAAGCGGAAACGAAGGAGGAGGAAAGCACCAUUUGAAGUCAUGAUGAAACAAUUGAAUCUAGUGACGAGUCGAUUCCCUCAAGAGACUGCUAUUCUGUACAUUCGAGAAAUAUUGGAACCAAGUGAUCCCGAGUUUGUGGAAUUGGCUGCACCUAUAGUACGAGCGUCACAGUUGAAGGAAUCCCAGGUGCAAAGACUAAGAGUUAUGCUCCUGCCUCAUCGGCGAGAAGAAAUACUGGUUUCUUGCUUGGAUCAUUACAAAGAGAAUUCCAAGACUUCCAGCUUUGUGAUAUCCUUGGAACGAUCCUUGGCACCUGUCUUGCAGCACUUUGCAGGUUUUCAGCGACGAUAUGCAACUUGCAGCUCUUUGGACGAACGCUUUGAUCUAUUGUUUGGAUUCUCCUAUGCCAUUCAUCGGUACUCGGCAUGGAUGCAUCAAUACGAACGGAAGCGCUCGAGGGAGAAGAUAUUGUCAGCACUGGCGAGACAUUGGAGGCACUUGUUGAUGAAGAAUGACGCCGAAGACUUGGGGUUGGAUCGAGAAUUCUCCUACCCAGCUGUCUUUUGCUUCUUGGACAGACUCAAACAACAGAUCGAGAACAUUGACAUGCAAGGUCUCCCUCCGCUCAACUUUGCCUUCGAGACUGACGACAGCCCUAGGCCAAUACUGAAUGACGAAAGCCGUGUUUCGUUGGAGGAUGAUUCAGUUAGCUUGUCCACCAUGACGACAAGUACCACCGCAAGUUUUUGA